UUAAGGCUUGCGAUAUACCUCAGGAUAUAUAAGUAGACGUUUAUUUUUGGUUGAGGGAUCUUCAAGCUGAAAAGAGAGACUUUGAGGUCCACCAUCGAUAGAACAAACGGCUGAAAGCGCCCGGGGGUUGUGACCUGACAGAAGUUCAUGCUGCUGGAUUUGCUGGAUUCUACUAGUGAGACGCACUUAUAUCGAAUUUCCAGUUUGCGGCCCCGAACCAACCCAGAGACAACCAACGUACUAUUUAGAAGCGAGGGACAAUAAUUUCCAGUCAAACCCGAGUCUUUCAAUACACCAAAAAAAAAAUCAUUAGCGAAACAAGGAAACCCGCGCAGCUGACGAUGGCGUCCCAAUCGCCCAGCUUUCCGCAAUUUUCCAAAUUGCCGUUAGAAUUGCGAGACAUGAUAUGGGGAUACGCCCUCCCUGAACCAAGAGUGUAUGAAGUCCUUGACUCUCCGUCCUCGAAGCAAACACAGACUAGUCCCUCGGGUCGUCUGAUGUUUGCCGACGUCCGCAACGAACCGCCGCCCUCUAUCGCACGAGUCUGUCGCGAUGCUCGACAAGCGGUCCUUCGUCGCUAUAAGCCUAUCGCUUUCUCCGGGACAGUCAAGCAUCUUGACCUCCGCCGAGACAUCAUCCUGCUCGAUUCCUACUUGCAAGUGAAGAGGCUCCUGAAGGUAAUCCGGCUACUGAGUCAAAUUGAACCGAUACGCCGAAGCGCUACUAGGUUAGCCCUCGGUACAUCGUGGGGCCUACACACUGGGUUACAUCUGCGAAUGUUUCACCGCAGCGUUCAGACAAAACGCAACAUGGCUCGGUUCCUCGAAUACGUGUCCAAGUUUCGGCAGCUCGACACCAUCAUACUCGUCGUGUAUCAGCGCUCGGCUUUCGGACUUCGGCUCCGGUGCUGCGGUUCCGGACCGGGUUCGGGUCUAAGUCCGAGCAACCAACAUCAACACCACCAACACCAAACCCAAUAUCCAAAUCAGCGCGGGCUACCUUGGCGCCAUUACGAUUUGUACGAGUCGUACCAUUUCAAUUUCAAUGUCAAUUUCAACUUUGACAACUAUUGGCUGCGACGACCGUAUCAGAGUAGGCUCGUCAGAUACGACCCUGAGGAUGACAAUAGAACAGAAAUGGAGAAAGCACAAAUACCACUACCACGACAUUCUAAGCAAUGCGCACACGACCCGCAGCCGCGUGGAUACCAAGUGCAUGAUUUAAAGGGCACAUUCGAGAGCUGGCUGCGGAAGUUUGCGGAAGAUGAGACCUUGGGGCCUUCUCUUAAGGUACCCGGGUUGGAGACCGCUACUCUGACUUGGAUUUACACUGGAGUUCGCAACGGGGGCUUUUAUUAAGGAGGGUAUACCAAUUAGAGCAUUUGGGCGUUACUUUUGGUCUGAUAUUGUGGAUAUACAUGCUGCAUUAUUGUUUAUUACAGUGUAUUAGAUCAAUUGGUGUACUGUAUAGCAUUUGACUUGGAAUAUUACAUUUUUUCUGCAUUAUAUUGUCAAUGCUUUUGUGUCGAACAUGAUAGACAUGUGAGAGCAAUUCCAAUGAAAAUUCAACCUCCCUUUUGCCACUCGACUACGGGUAGAUAUAAUACAUGUUCGUAUAUGCGCAGUACAAGGCCUAGACUAUGCAACAAACUUGUUUUGGGGGAACAUUGGCCCACAAGAAACCCACAACAAAACGACAACGAAGCUAUUCCGUACCAAGACCUGAAUAAAUAGGCCAGUUUCUACACGCACACCACCGAAAUCUUCGGCCAACACACCGUCUAGGUAAGCUGGAAUAGGUAUUAUAUAGCUGGCCUUACAGCCUGUUCUAGACACUUACAUAUCGAUAUGCGCUUGUCUAGGGAACCCGAUUUGAUGCCUUAUGC